AUGUCUGCCUCCCUCGCACCCGAAUGCAAUGAGGUGAAGGAACGCUACGACACGUGUUUCCUAAAGUGGUACAGUGACAAGUACCUACGUGGAAAUGGAACAGAUAGCAAUGAGUGUUCUGCUCUCUUUAAAGAGUACAGGAAGUGUCUAGAAGUUGCUCUCAAGUCCAGAGGCAUUGAUAAACUACUAGACGAGGCGAGAGAAGACAACAAGGACAACGACAAUUCGUACAUGGGGAGAAAGUCCUCCGCUGCAAUGCCUGGAUAUGAUGGCCUUAUGAGGAUCUUCUGGCCUGCAGAUAUCGCCAGGUCAGAGUUCCCUGGCGUUAUUGUGGGCUGGCGAAACUCUGAGCUUGAUGUCUUCGUCGUAGCCGUUCUCGACGUCGCUGAUGCCCAAAAUGUCGAAUACCAUCUCAAAGUUGGCACGCUAUUGCGAAACUCGAGCCACGCCGUGAAUCGUGUGUACGAGCUUUGCGGUCACCUCUCCAUGCAUGUCCUAGGCGUUACCAAUGCGCCAGAAACAGCCAGCGUUGACCCGUCUUGGGUCCGGGCGACGACUGGGCCCAGCUACCCCGUUCCAGUCAUCCGAUGCGAUCAUGCCUCCAACGUUCAAAUCAUCAUGUUCAAGCGCCCUCAACCCCUGCGCAUGCAGUACAUGUCUCUCAACCCUAUCGCGCUCGAUCUCGAGGAGAGACAUUUCGACAUGCCUUUGAGCGGCAUCGAGGCGGUAAACGAGCAACACGAAAGGGAAAGGCGUGAGGAGAAGCAGAGACUGGCAGAGAAGCUUAAACAGCACAGCAUCGUCAGGCGGAUUCUCUCUCCCAAGGAGAAGACGCUUCCCCGGGUCGUAGAAUCAGCAAACACCGUCAAGGAUGCGGCAAUGUCAUGGUUUUGGCGCCUCUUCCUCUUCUACGUCUUCCCGGUCAUCCAACGCUUCUUUUCCCUUAUUCUUCUCGGCCACCGUAUAACGGCGGAGCUGCUUCUGCGGGUACUUGAAUUCCGAGCGCGACCACAUCAUGCCGCGUUAAAGGAUCUAUCGGCGACCGCCCAGCAGGUAGAAAUACGGUUGCAGCAGUUUUGUUACUGGCCUACCCAACACAUGAAGCUCCGCCAGCGGAAAAGCGAUUGGGCGAGUGUAACAACAAGCCAUCCCGAUUAUAUUCGCUUCUUUAAUAGUCUCUGGCUCGUUGCAAACGAUGUCAUUAUAGGUAUUGCGAUGGGGUCCUACAUCAUCGAGCAUGCCGAGUGGGUGGGCGAGCAGAUCGGCGUCAUUCUUAGGACGUACACAGUAGAAGCCCUUCAGACGAGUAUAACAUGGCUCAUGGGAUGGCCUGCUGGUCUCAAGCUCAAUAACGAGCUUGCUGCGUUCCUAGGCGACCUGUUCCUCUGGGUUAUUGACUACUGGUCAGGUUUCAUCGACCUUCUCCAACCUGCACUACCGCACAUUAUAUGGUUCAUCGGCUUCUCUAGUUUUGGCGGUGCGAGCUUGCCCCUUGCCAUGCUCUCCGACUUGCUUUCGGCCCUCACCAUUCACAUAUACUCGUUCUACCUUGCCUCGGCUAGAAUAUUCAAUUGGCAGCUCAGCAUCCUCUUACUCGUCGGCACCAUUAUUUUCACCCUCCUCAUUUUCCUACUCCCAACUGUCAUCGUUUUCUACCUCAACUUUGCUAUUGCGAGAAUGAUCAUUAUUUCGCUCAAGGCAGCCUUCGACACGCUCCUCUCUUGUUUAAACCACUUUCCCCUCUUCGCCAUCAUGUUGCGCAUCAAGGAUCCGAGUCGACUCCCGGGCGGUGUCCGAUUCGAACUCGGCAAGAGUCAUCCUGUCGUGCGAGCCCCUUCCGGCUCGCUAAACCGACCUCCCACCUCCGUAAUUCAUCUCAAGACGGCGACCUUUUUAAUCAGAACACUAAUAAUCACCUCCUCGUGCCACCAGAUGCUAGCCAUUCGUACUGUUCGCCUGACGUACUAA